AUGCAGUUCCGGAUGCUACAGUGCCAGUGUCGGUGCCUCCUGGGCACUGUACGUAUUCAGGUUUUUAAUGCGAAAACAGCAGAGCUCCUGAGUCACCAUCAAGUUGAGAUACAGCAGAAAUUCCCUAAAGAAGGAUGGGUGGAACAAGAUCCGAAGGAAAUACUAAAGUCUGUCCAUGAAUGUGUGGAAAGGACCUGUGAGAAACUGCAACAGCUGAACAUAGACAUCACUAACAUAAAAGCCAUUGGAGUCAGCAAUCAGAGAGAAACAACAGUGGUUUGGGACAAGACAACUGGAGAACCUCUUUAUAAUGCUAUUGUGUGGCUUGACCUGAGAACCCAGUCAACAGUUGAACGGCUUCUUAAAAGAAUUCCAGGAAAAAACAAAUCAUUUUUUAAGUUUAGGACUGGUCUUCCACUUAGCACUUACUUUAGUGCAGUGAAACUUCGAUGGCUUUUGGAUAAUGUGGAAGAGAUUAGGCAAGCAGUUGAUGAUGGAAGAGCUAUGUUUGGGACUAUUGAUUCAUGGCUUAUAUGGAGUUUGACAGGGGGAAAGAAUGGAGGCGUUCACUGUACAGAUGUAACCAAUGCCAGUAGGACAAUGUUGUUCAACAUUCAUUCCUUGGAAUGGGAUCCUGAGCUCUGCCAGUUCUUUGAUAUUCCUGUGGAAAUACUCCCAAAAGUACGAAGCUCAUCUGAGAUUUAUGGCUUGAUGAAAAUCUGUCCUAGCCUGAAAUCUGGAGCUUUGACAGGUGUACCAAUUUCUGGGUGCUUGGGUGACCAGUCUGCUGCUCUUGUUGGGCAAAUGUGUUUUCAAGAUGGGCAGGCAAAGAAUACGUAUGGAACAGGAUGUUUCUUGCUGUGCAAUACAGGUCAGAAGUCUGUGUUUUCUCAGCAUGGUCUUCUAACCACCAUAGCUUACAAACUGGGGAGAGACAAACCUGUUUGUUAUGCACUAGAGGGAUCUGUUGCAAUAGCUGGUGCUGUUGUCCGUUGGCUGAGGGACAAUCUCGGUAUCGUUAAGACUGCACAGGAAGUUGAAAAACUGGCCGCAGAAGCGGGGACUUCUUAUGGCUGCUACUUUGUGCCAGCAUUUUCAGGACUGUAUGCACCAUACUGGGAACCCAGUGCAAGGGGUAUUAUCUGUGGCCUUACUCAGUUUACAAAUAAAAAACACAUUGCCUUUGCUGCACUAGAAGCUGUCUGCUUUCAAACACGAGAGAUUUUAGAUGCCAUGAACAAGGACUGCGGGAUACCACUAAAUCAGUUACAAGUAGAUGGAGGAAUGACCAAUAACAAAGUCCUCAUGCAACUCCAAUCAGACAUUCUUUGUAUUCCAGUAGUAAAGCCAUCAAUGCCAGAAACAACAGCUCUAGGAGCUGCUAUGGCAGCAGGAGCUGCAGAAGGAGUUGGAAUUUGGAGUCUGAAUCCUGGAGAUUUGACAGCAGUGACAUGUGAACGAUUUGAACCACAGAUCAACCCAGAGGAAAGUGAAUUUCGCUAUGCCAGAUGGAAGAAAGCUGUGAUGAAAUCUAUGGGCUGGGAGACAUCUGAAGCUCCUUCAAAUGGUGACACUAGUAUCUUCUGUAGUCUGCCUUUGGGUUUUUUUAUUAUGAGUAGCAUGAUAAUGUUAAUCGGAGCAAAGUUCGUCUCAGGUCAGGUUCUUCAUCUCAUGGAGGAUACCUAAAAUAAUAUAAAGAUCAGUGUUAAGUGGGCAGAUAAGCAACUUAAAUUCUGGGUUUAUUGCUUUUUAAAAAUAACUAAUCAGUAACCUACAUAUAAAUAUCUAAACUUGCACUGUUGGAACUCAUUAAAAAAAGAUACUUUUUUUUCUCCCUUCUCUAAGCUUGUCAGUUCCUUUCUGACUCACAAGUGAAAAACAUACUCAACUCACUCUGGCCUUCAGAACCCAUUGUCAUCCUUGUUCUCAGAUAACAGUAACUAUUGAUAAAGUUAUAUAUAUUACACAUACUGUAUAUAGAGUUACUAUAUAUAUCAAUAUAAUUACUUUAUGUACCAAUAUAGUGGUAUAUUUACACGGUAUAAGCCUGGACACAGGAGAAGUUGCAAGAAAUUUCCAGCUCUUACUUGUUUUUAAAAUUAUGAUGUCUAAAUAGGAAUAGCAUCAGUAAUGAUACAUACAGGUUGUAGUCUUGCUCAGCUGUGUGUUAGGGUAGACCAUGAUGUAUAGAGUUUGUGUUGCUGAUUGGAGCAGGGCUGCUUCCCCACUAGACAUUUACUCUGGUAAAUAUCCUUUUGCUUUUAAAAGUUGCAACUAGCUGACAAGACUUUCCUUCUAAUUCAGUACAGGAACUUCAUUAAUUCAUUACAUUUUAUCUUUUAAUGAAACACUGGAACUCCAUCACAGUCAUCAGUAUAGUAGGUUCGAGGAUUGAAUCUACUGAGAAUUGAAUUCAUCCUUCAUGUGCUGAAACAGCAGUAAGUCUUGCAUAGCAACAGUGCUGUUGUUGAACAUGUCUCUGUAGGGCAGGGCCAUGAUUUUACAACUACUAAAAGGCAAAGGAAAAAUCUGCUGUGGCAGAGAACACUAACACUAACAUGGCAAAAAAAUUUACAGAACUGCUAAACUAACUGCCUUUUCAUGCAGCACCUGACUAAAGGGCAAUGCUGUAUUUCAUCGUAUCAUUUCAAAAUUUAAUCAAAUCAGGUCAAUUACUUGUACCUUAUUUUAUGAUCUUCAUUCUUCUUUUCCAGGGGAAAAAGGGCCAAUAUUUUGUUCUAUUUCACUAUUGAAGCAAGUUGUAUGUAGCAACUGGAGUUCUUAGGCUAAGAUUCUGAUUUUUACACUAGUUUUCGAAGUGGACAUCUGAGAGAUUUCAACAUAUGCUGUAGCUGUACUUAUUGGAGAGAGUUAACUGAAAGCGGUACUAUAUUUUAUUAGACUCAAAUUUAAAGAAAUGCCUCUGCAUGCUUAAAUUCGCACCUCUAAGGUACAAGUGGUGAUUGGCUAUAUACAGGAUCUUAUGUGACAUCUGGGGUAUAAAGUUCUUUGACUUUAUUCUCACAAAAUAAAGUGUCAGUGCUGGUGGUAAUACUAUAUUCUUCCUGCUUAAAUACUCUUCAGGUGUUUUUUCUAAGAUUCUAUUUGUCCUUUUUAGUUUCUUGUGUUGUGAUAGUUACUGCCAAAUUGCAUGCUAGUUUACAUCUAGGGAUCACUAUGUGGUUCUGCAAGUUAGUUGCAAUAAUAUUACCCAAAUUUCUGAAAGCUGAGCUCAUAUUCAGAAAAAAAUAAGCUUAGAGUAUCUUCCUUCAGUUCUUCUACUUGUUAAAAAUUUACCCAUCUUAAUAGUGUGGUCUCUUCUCCUACUCUAUGCAGAUCCCACACACUGAAGUGCUGGCUUAUCUGGUGUUGCUGGUUAUACUGAAUUCCUCUUACAGCUCAGCUCUGUUAUAGAGUGUUAUUAAAGUUUUAGAGUAAAUUCAGUGUUGCUAAUGCACAUUCUUUC